AUGGAGAGCUCAAAACCAGACGCAGGCAGAAGGAAGAGAGAUGAUCGGCAGUUGGGAGAAGGAGAUGGAUUUUGCUCAGAACCUGAUAAAAAUAGGUAUGGCUCAAGUCAGCAUCGAGGAUAUCCUGGAGGAAGUGGGCGAGGCAGUUGUAGAAGUAGUGACCGGCCUAAAUUUUCUGACAGAGGUGACCAAAGAGGUGACAGAUCAGAAAGAAAUGAAAGACGAGAAAGGAUGGAUAGUGAUGACAAGUAUGGAAGUAGAGGAGACAGAGACAAAAGGGGAGACAGAAAACCAAGCAGCAAAGAUGUAAAAAUACCAUGUAAAGAUGGGAAAUCCUCCCUCUACUAUGAUGAUCAGAAGCGACUUCCAAAACCUGAGACACCUCUUGUGAAGAAGGGAGAAGAUGCUAAAGUGAAGCCUGUUGAGGAGGAAAAGCAGCUGACUGAGGAGGAGAAACUUCAGCUGGAGGAAAAUAAAAAGCGAGAAGAGGCAGAGGAGAAGCAAAGAAAGGAAGAAGAAGAGAAG